CCAUGAGGGAUGAUGCAUAAGCAGGCUGGGACGGGUGGGGUUAGUAAUUGGGGGUUUAGGUGGGUACAAGUGCGGAGCGGGUGUUUUUGCGGGUUAGGUUUUUAGUGUUAGUGCAAGAGCUUACUACAGGAAUCAGCUGAUGAAGGAACAGCUUACAAACGUUUUUUCUGGUCUGAGGAACAGAGAAGAUGGUGGAGAUUAACUUGGAGUUCAGCGGGGGCUUGGAGUUACUUUUUGGCGAUGUGAAGCAGCACAAGGUGCAAGUACCCGCCAAGGAUGGUGCUAUUCAAGUACUCAUUUCAGACCUCCUAGUAUGGAUUCGGGGCAACUUGCUGAAGGAGCGCCCAGAGAUGUUCCUGAAAGGGGACUCAGUGCGACCCGGCAUCCUCGUCCUCAUUAAUGACUGCGAUUGGGAGCUCUGCGGCCGAUUAGCGUCUCCCGUGGAGGACGGAGACACCGUAGUUUUCAUCUCUACACUGCACGGGGGCUGAGGAUCGCUUCCUCUUUUCGAGCUACUCUCUCGACAGCGCUGGACCAACUGGAUUAAAGCACCCAGUCGACACACAGGCUUAAUGCGGCUGACCGGCCCAAUGUCUCAGUGACCUUCCACGUACAGAAAGAGACGAAUGGGUUGGGUUGCAAGUUAUCUUACGAAUGGGCUAAGGUACCAAGUUGAACGCUGAGGAACGGAGCUCAGGGUCCACCAUCUUUUUGACAAGCCCAGAGAUCAAGUUGACACCGAAUCAAUGGCAGACUUUAUGCAGAGCUUUUCUUUGGAAACUAGGAGGUUCAAGCACGCUGAUGUUGUCAGUCAAACAGAUCGUACGCUGCCGAGAUGUCACUCUGGCCUAGCAACAUUGAGCCGCGUUGGACUCUCGCUGUCCCUCCGACCAACAAGAGUCGCCCCCGGACCCGCCUGUGGUUAAGUUCUUUCUUUCCUGCCGGUCUCGUGAAGUCGGCAGUGUUUGAAGC